CGAUGACGACCGUUACUCCGACUUAAUAGUUUACAUACAACGAACGAAGCGAGGGAACUUUUGAAGAUUGUAUUAAUCUCUGUGUAAAUUUGUUCUGUUUUUUUUUUCAAAGACGCUUAUUCUUUCUUUUCACGCGUUUAAAUUUCUCUUUAGUAAUAAAAAAAAAUUAAAAAUGGGAUAUUCAUUGAUAGCGAUCUGCGUCCUCGUGGCACUUAUACUGGCGAGAUUUAUCGAUGGGCGUCCUACGGUCGACGAGAACGGAUUGAGCAUGUUGGAGUCACGUGGCUCAAACUUGGCAGACUUCUCGAGCUACGAACCAAAAGCAAUCUCAUCGCUCGCGCAAGGAAGCUACUCAUUUCCGGUUAAAUCACGACAAAAACGGCUAUCGGAUCAAAGACGAGCAGAGUUGGAGACACUUGUGAGCUUGUCGAGAAUCACCGGCAAACGGUCGCUAAACGUGACAGACGAAAAUGGUCCAACCUGGCAAUUAGAUCCAGUAAAAAUUGGUCGACGAAAGCGUUUCGCGGCUCAAAUUCCAGUGUCCAUCCAUCAUGUCAAAAAAUUGAAACGCGGCGGGGACCCUGCGUAUCCUCUGGUUAGUUGAGUAAACCGCUCUGAACCGCUAUGGAACUAUCUGAUGAUAGCAUGCGUUUUAUCACAAGGGAUGAGCCUGGCACGUGCAAGGAACACUCUUUGAACAUCGCAUCGUUUCGAUCGCUUAGUAAUCAAGUAGUAAUCAAUCGUGGAACUACGGUAGCGAAGAUUAUACAUCAUAAAGCGACGUGAUCAUGAGAAAAAUAUUACUACGAUUCUAUAGACUCAUUAAACUCAUUGUAAAAAAUCACCAAAAUACUGACGAGUAUAAUAUUCUAUUCAAUUCAUUCGUAUUCUUAAGACAAAAUAGAGAUAAAUUAUUCA